AUGCAGGGGAGAACCCCCGCUCCCCUCUUCUCGCCGCGGCCCCGGGCCCAGCCCCUCCAAGCCCCGGCACCACAACCUCCCCUCCCCCGCGUCUCCCUUCCAGGCACAGGAAUAAGGGGAAGUGGGAAAACCGGGGGCGCCAUUUUGAGACGGGAAAGGAAAGACCAGCCUCUCCUUCCCGCACGCCGGGCUGCCCACCUCGGCAGCCCGUACCACGGUUCCUGCGGGGUCCGGCGGCGGGUACCGGAGAGGCGGCAACCGGCGGGAGGCCGAACAACAGACGCCCCCUCCUUCCCCUCCAUCGCCAGGGCCACACCGCCCCACAAGCGCAACCCGCAACCCACGACCCCCGCCCUCCGCCACCGUCGCCGUCUCCUCACCUGGCCGGGCCACGGCGGCCGUGCGCGGGACGGGGGAAGGAGGGGGAGCCGGGGGAGCAGGCAACGCGCAGCAAUGGAUGUAUAUCUGUAUGUCUGUCUGUCCGUCCGUCCGUCGUGGCUGGCAGGGAGCCGGGGCAGGGUGGGCGGAGGAGGGGGAAGAGGGGAGGUGGCUCCUCGGGUGGGGGCGAGGGGCGGGGGCGCAGCCGUGCCUCACCCAGCCCGCCGCCACUUCCGCCACCGCCUCGGCCCCGACCAAAACACACACGCACUUCCGCCGCCGGCGCCACGUCACGGCCAGCACGCUGCAUGCGCUUCCGGUUCGCCCGCCCGUCACGUGACUGCAUUUUCCCACCUUUUCCUCCUCCUUUUGUUUCCUCUUCCCCCACCCCCGGGAGGGGUGGCCGUUACCAUGGCAACACAGGCCGAGGCCCUGGGUGGGUGCUGCAGCUUCCUGAGGGAGCAGGGGCGCGAUGAGGGAAGGUUGUCUUCGUGUCUGCCCCCCACCCAGGGUUCUCGGCCUCUGUUUUGUGGCUGGGCAGCUUCAUUGAUAAAUCCACUUCCUAAAACUAGUUUUCAACAUAAAAUACAAGACAAAUUAGAAGCAAUCUACUUACGUAAUCGUAGAGCACCCUUGGGCAAAUCACAUGAUGCUAUGUUACCUAAGGACUUGGAUAUACUUAGUACUACAUUUGGAAUAACUACCAUCCAAGAUGUAUCAGGUGGAGAGCUUAUAAAUCCACCAAAAACUUUUGAGGAAGUGGAUAAAGAAGCUAGAGAAGGACAUGAUCUGUACAUUGUGUCACACAAUGAUUAUUAUGUGGGAGAAGCAAUAAAUAGGAAGUAUGACUCUCCAAACUUCAGCAAGUCUUUUGUUUAUGGAAUUAAAACCCCUCACUUUAAGGAUGGGCGAUAUGUAUCCAAAUCCUUAAAUUGGCACUGUGCCCCGGAAUUUAUAUCAGAAACUAAGAAUGUUCCCCCAGACCGUACAUUUGGAGUGUCACUCUGUCCAUAUAAAUAUGGAGUUGCUGAACUUCUUCACCAUGGGGUUCCAUGUGAGAUCCUCCAUGGUAAAGACAGAGGGAGAAGUCUUUUGAUUAAAGUUCGGCAGAGUUUGAAGAAAGCUAACUAUGAGAAUUUUGACCUGCUAACAGAAGCAUUCAGGCAUUAUGAUAAGAAUGGUGAUGGAAUGAUAGACAAGGACAACCUACGAAAGUCCUGUUUUCAGCUUAAUCUGAAUCUAGAUGAUGAGCUCCUGGAUUCCUUAUUUGACUGUUGUGAUUUGGAUAAAGAUGGUCUGAUUAAUUAUUUGGAGUUCACAGACUUUCUGAACUGGAAAAACAAAACAGCUGUUAAGGAGUUUGAAGAAAAAAUAAUUACAAAAGCAGAAAAAAUGGAUGCUCUUUUUCUGCCUGGAGACACAAAGGAGCUGAAGCAGGAAGAUCUUGUGUUAAAAAAAACGGAAAGCUCAGAAAAGACACCAGAAAUACUUACAAGACCAACAGAUCAUGUAUUUACAAAUUAUCAAACAACUUCUUCUCAGUACAAUGCUGUAGUAGGUGGUCUUCCAACAACCUGUUGUCCAGUGCGUGGUGUUCCAAGUAUUCGUUCAGAUCUUCCUCCUCCGCGAAUUCGCCGCCUCGGGGACAGAACUAAUUAUGGUGACGACGGCAGUGCUUAUGCAUUAUUAUUCCCUUCUGUCUUCAGUCAAAAGGGAGUGUAUGAAAAAGACUUUUUCAAAACAAGACCGAAGGCAGAGAUUGCAGGAAUUCUACGCAACAUUGGCAUGAACAUUUCAGAUGAAAGGUUUGAGGAGAUAUGGAAGCAAGCCUCUAUGAAGCAUCAGAAAGAAGAGUUUUGCGUAGAAAGCAUCAAGAACAUACUGGAUAAGAUACAUGCAUCACACAGAGAAACUGGUUGCUAGUUCUAGU